AUGAGUGCCGCUAAGAAGGUUGCCGUCAUCGCGACGAGUACUCGAACCCCACGCAUUGGAACUAAGGUCGCGGAACUGGUGAAAGAUACCAUCACCACAGAUGCUACCACCAAUGGCAUCGAUCUGCAUCUUGUAGAAGUCGCUUCUUUCAGACUUCCCGUCUUCGAUGAACAGAUCAUUCCCGCUCAGGUCCCAGCUGCAGGUGACUUCGCCCACGAGCACAGCAAAGCGUGGAGCAGGGAAAUCGCCGAGUACGAUGCCUACAUCAUUGUGGUGCCCGAAUACAACUACGGCCUGUCUGGCGGCACCAAGAAUGCCAUUGACUACUUGUAUAACGAGUGGAUCGGCAAACCCAUUGCUGUAGUCAGCUACGGCAUCAUGGGUGGCAACUCGGCGUCAGCGCAGGCGCAGAAGACGCUGGAGGGCAUGAAACUCCGGGUUGCGCCGACGCGACCGGCGCUUGCUUUUGCGGGUGGGGCCGGACCGGAUCUGGUGGCUGCCAUGGGCCACGGAGAGAUCGGGGAAGAGUCGCGGAAAAAGUGGGAGGGAGAAUCGGAGAGCAUACUCAAAGCCUUCGGAGAGUUAAAGGUGCUUCUCACCGCGCCGGCUUAG